CUGAUAUACUCCGGUCGUCUGCUGUGAACAGCCAGAACAGAAAACAACACCGCAGUGUACGCGUGAGGUUUCAUUGACUAAAGUAUUCACACCAUUCAUAAACUUAGGACAUUCCAGGAUACUCUCAUAAACUCGCGGUAUAAUUCUUUGGUAUUCAUGGAUUGAAUUCAUUUUAUUUAUUGAAAAAAAAAAGUUUUAAUAUAAUUUAUUCCUUCAAACUUGAUUAUUGUAUCUGUGUGUGAACUGAACUAUGGAGGAUAACUAUAACAGCAACUAUCUUCAAGUGCCUGGGGUGGACUCGAACCCCGACAACCGACUGUGCGGCAGUUGGAGGCUAGACGCCAGCGACAAGUACACGGCGGCCAUCGAACUGUCCAACAGGUGUCGCGAGUUCUACAACUCUCGCGUGGUGGUGGCCAACAGCAUGAAAACACGCUGGAGGGACAGCCUCUCAGACACAUCCUCAUCAUCAUCAUCGUCUGCUGCAUCCUCGCCGACCUCGUCGUCGUCUUCUCUAUCUCAGGGCUCAGACGACAGCAGGUCUAGCAGACGACAAAGAAGCGGAGUAGAUCUUGCUAUGGAGAAACUUCGCGCAGAAAUGGUGUCGCUGAUGGACCAGGACCUGUCCCUGAUGAAGCAGCUGCUGACCCUGAACGAGACCAUCGAGGAGCUCAAGUGGCAGCGACAGUACUACAGCUGCAGCUCGCUGUCCAGCAGAGACGUGGGCAGCAACUGGUCAGUCUCGGACACGGAGAUGUACGAGUCGGACGAUGACCUGGUCAAGCUGGCAGACAGACAGCUGACCACUGACAUACAGCUGACCACUGACAGGCAGCUGACCACACUCGUCGCUUCAGAUGUCGAGAAGAAUGUCGUCGACCAGAACGCCAACUCCAGCAGACGUCCAGCCGACAGGGUCAGCUGUCCGCAGGAUGACGCGCCACGGCCCGACCCCCCGGGCUCUGUCAGUAACGUCUGGUACAGUCAGCUGGCCAGCAGGGGUCACGUGAUCAACAGCGGACCAAUCGUCAUCCGACAUGAACGAGAUCAGAAUUCUUUUGAUUCCGGAAUCCACGAAGCAAGCGCCAGUGAUGACGUCAUCUGGAAUGUGUGAGUGACCGGACAUACGUCACUUGCUCAACAUUAUUUGGUGUGUUGUCCACUAACAACUCACUCAUGUGCGGCUUACGACACGUGCUAUUUAUAGCAUCCGACCAACUAAAUAAGGUUGCAAACGACAGAGGAUUCGAACCCGCAACUUUCUCAACACGGAACUAGUCUCAAGUUUUAGCUUUAAUCGACCAGCCACAAGACGGAGAGCUGAUGAUGUCUCGUUCUCCAGGAUCUUGUGAUGUUCCAUCCUCCAUGAUCUUGUGAUGUUCCAUCCUCCAUGAUCUUGUGAUGUUCCAUCCUCCAUGAUCUUGUGAUGUUCCAUCCUCCAUGAUCUUGUGAUGUUUCAUCUUUGUUGACUUCAUCCAAUGGAUGAUACAGCCAAAUGACUUCUGUAUACACUCCAUGUAACGGGUGUCAGACUAUGACAGCUAGAGUGCGCGCGUGUGUGUAUAUAUGUAUAUAUGUAUGUGUGUGUGUGUGUAUAUAGAGUAUGUGUUGUAAUUUAAUGACCAGAUUUCAUUUGUUGAAAUGACCAAGUUUGGAUUAUCCAGAUAUCAUUGACCGACCUAGGGUCAGGUGGUGACCCAGUUGUAAACAUGUUACGUGCCCAACAGAAUGCAGGCUUGACACCCGAGUUUUAAAUACCGUGUCUACUUUUAGCAUCUUUAUCUUAUGAUACUGUGGUAUCAGUCGGGGGUGACUAAUUUAGUCAUUCUCGUCUGCUGAGGUGACUAAUUUAGUCAUUCUCGUCUGCUGAGGUGACUAAUUUAGUCAUUCUCGUCUGCUGAGGUGACUAAUUUAGUCAGUCUCGUCUGCUGAGGUGACUAAUUUAGUCAGUCUCGUCUGCUGAGGUGACUAAUUUAGUCAUUC